AUGGCCUCAUUCCCUCGCGCCCUCCCAUUCUUCCUCCCCGUCCCGUCGCGCCUUGCCCUCAUCGCCCUCCUUGCGCUCAUCGCGCUCCUCCGCCAGGCGGAAGCCGCAUACACCGAGCCGCCGAUCCCCGACGGGUGCGUCGCGGAGAUAGCGGAGGUGGACCGGGAGGCCAUGCGCGCGGUGUACGCGGCGCUGCCCAAGAUGAUGUUCUUCUGGCACGACGGCAUACCGCAGUACAAGCUGUUCGACGACAGCCACAACGUCUCCUACUGCUGCGUCGCGCCCACGCCCGCUGGUGUCUCGUGCCGCCUCUGGUGCCCGCUCGAGUGCACGCCCGCCGGCCGCAUAACGGGCAUUUUUUCUGACCCCAGCCGCCAGGACAUGCCCGGGCCCAGCGGGAGCGGAGGGAGCUGUCCGCCCGGUGCGCUGUCGCCCGCCAUUGGCGAUCUCGCGGAACUCUCCUCGCUGGUCUUCCGCCACUCGUGCCUCGCCGGCGACUUGCCGGACUCCGUCACGCGCCUCCAGAAGCUGAAGAUUUUUGAAAUGCCCGAAAACAUCUUAUUCGGGCCCAUUCCGCCAGGCCUCUUCCGCCUGCCCGCGCUCCGCCACGUGGAUCUCAGCAUGAUUAGUCCCUACCCGUACUUUCAAGUUGAAUCUGAAGGCCUGUCGGGGUCCCUUCCCGACGGGCCCGACGCGUACUCCCCGUCGCUGGAAACGGUAAUCCUGUCCGGCAACGCGCUAUCGGGGGAGCUUCCGCGCGCCCUUCUCCGCGCGCCUGCGCUGCGCCGGCUGGACCUGCAGAACAACAACAUCACGGGGGAAUUCCCGGAGGAGGCGGGCGCGUAUUCGCAGAGCAUUACCGCGCUCAUCCUGCGCAAAAACAGCCUCUCCGGCGCUAUUCCGCCCGCGCUGAAGGAGAUUACGGCGCUGCGGAAACUCGACCUGGGGGAGAACCGCCUAUCCGGCGCGGUGCCCGCGGCGCUGCGCGACUUCGAGUCGCUCAAGGCGCUCGACGAGGUGCGGCUCGACAGCAACGCGCUCACCGGGCCGUUCUGCGACGCGCUGCUGCCGGCGCGCGAGCUCUGGCUGGGCUUCAACGACCUGAGCGGAGGGACCGCUGGGAGCAGCGCCAACGCCAGCGGCGGCGGAGGUGAGGGGGAGGAAGGUGGGGGCUCUCUGCACGGCUGCGUCUUGCCCCCGAAGCUACAGAUGCUCAGCGCGCCGCACGCGGGGCUGCGGGGGAGCGUUCCGCCCGACCUGUUCCUGGCGACGAAUGCGCAGACGGGGCGGAGGCCCUCCAUGGGCGGCUUGGGUAGGAUAAUCCAGAUCGACCUGAGCUACAACAGCCUCUUGCGCAGCCUGACGGCUUUCACGGUGCUUCCGUCUGGGGACUUGGAUCUGUCGCACAACAACUUCUCCGGCGGCAUUCCCGAGGUGUUUUUCAGCGGCGGCUUCUCGUGCGCGGACCUGCGGAAUAAUGAGCUGUCGGGGCCGCUGUUUGACACGCGCCGAGAGGCGUGGAAUUACGACUGGGACGUGCUGCGCGUGAGCGGCAACAGCGCGCGCAUGGCGGGCGCCGUGGGCGCGGGGUACCUCCCCGCACUGUCGCCUAACGUGCAGGCGUCCGCUGCGGAGACUGAGGCGCUGCUGGCCGUGCGUGAUGCGCUCCUGGGGAAAACAGCGGGGGGAGCAGCGGGGCGAACGGCGUUGGCGGAUGGCGAAAGCAGCUCGUGGGCGGAGACACUGCGCAGCUGGGACGCGAGCAGCAGCAGCGCGUGUGCGUGGUACGGCGUGGGAUGCACAGCAGACGGACACGUGGACACGGUGCACCUGGAGGGCAAUACCAACGUCUUCCUGCACCCCAACGUCGUCCCAGAAACGCCCCAUUGCGAAUACGACAAGUACGGAUUCAAGAUGUGCGGGCACGCGGAUCCGCCGCCUCCCCGCCAACUGCGGUUCUUCCUGCGGGGCCUUCCUGGCGGCAGCUCGAACAGCAAUGCGGGCGGGAGUCUGUCGGAGGCGUUGGGGCAGCUGACGCAGCUCACCUCGCUGCGCAUCUCCGGGCACGCCCUCUCCAGCGGCCUGCCGUCGUCCCUCUCACGCCCCUCUCACCUCGUCACUCUCGACCUCUCCUCCAACCGCCACCUCUCCGGCUCCAUCCCUCCGGGCCUCUUCGCCCUCCCCUCGCUGCGAGAGCUCUCCCUCCGCGGGAACAACCUCACGGGAGAGCUCCUCCCAGCCGCCACUGCAGCAGCGGCAGCAGCAGCAGCAGCAGCAGCAGGGGCGGAGGCGGCGGCGCCGCCGCUGCUGUCACCGAGUUUGGAGAGUCUAGACGUGGGGGAGAACGCUCUCUCGGGGUCCAUUCCAGCUGACGUGGGUCUUCUGACGGGGCUGACGCGCCUGGCGCUGGACCACAACCGGCUGGACGGCAGCUUGCCAAGGGAGCUCGGCGCGCUCUGGAUGCUCACACACCUGCAGCUGCAGGGGAACGCCCUCCAGGGGGACGUCUCUGCACUCGCUGCCGCCUUCCGCCCCCCUGCUGCUGCCAGCGAUGGCAGUACCGCCGACUCUGCUGCCUCCAGUGCGCCUGGCUUGUGGGGUCUCAGCGGGGUGUUCCCGCUGCUGACUCGUCUGGAUGUUAACAGCAAUCAGCUCUCGGGCGAUGUAGCCACGCUCUCCCCUCUCCCGCAACACUUCCACACACUCAACGUCUCUCACAACCUCCUCACGUGCGGUCCCGGCAACGCCUCCUGGAACGCCGACUACCUGGACCUCUCACACAACCGCAUCAGCGCCCCGCUUCAGGACCUCUUUGCGAAAGACGACAGCUUCGAUUCGAAAGUGCUGCGCCUGUCUCACAACCAGCUCUCGGGACCCAUCCCUGCCACGCUCCUGCGAGACACAGUGCAAGGAGAGUUGGACCUCUCACACAACCUGCUCACGGGAUCAGGAAAAGUGGAGCUUGCAUGCAAGUUACAGGCUCGGCUGAGCCACAAUGAGCUCACUGGGAGCAUCCCUAGUAUCGUAUUCUCCUCGUGCCUAUCGCUGCUCGACCUCUCCCACAACCAGCUCUACGGCCCCAUCCCAGACCCUCCCCAGAGGAACAGCCAGAGCUCCUCCCUCGUCCCCCUCGCCUACUUGGACCUCUCUUCCAAUAAGCUCACAGGAAGCAUCUCCGAUGCUCUUGUUACCGGCCUCACAGCCCUAUCCCACUUGGACCUCUCUGACAACCUGCUCUCGGGUUCGUUGCCGCGCUCGCUCGCCCUCGCCCCCGCGCUCACCCACCUGGACCUCUCACGCAACAAGCUCAAGGGCUCCCUGCCUGCCUUCUGCCAGGGCAAGCAGCGCCUCGCCUCUCUCCUCCUCUCCUCCAACACUUUCUCUGGCCCCCUCUCCUCCCUCCUCCCCUCCUCCUCCUCUUGCGCCUCCUCCCUCCUCUCCCUCAACGUCUCCACCAACCAGCUCUCCGGCUCGCUCCCCUCGUCCCUCUCGCGCUUUACCGCUCUGCACUCCUUGCUAGCGGCGCGCAACCGCAUGAGCGGCAGCAUCCCCGCAGGGCUGGCAUCGCUGACGGCCCUGCAGGAGCUGGACGUGUCGUGGAGCGGGCUGUCAGGCACCAUCCCUGCGCUGCUGCGUGCUGCUGCCCCCUCCCUGCAAGUGCACCUCGCUGGCAACGCCCUCUCUGGCUCCGUCCCCCCCUCUCUCUCCGACCUGCCCACCUCCUGCUUCCGCCCCGGCAACCCCAAGCUCUGUGGGAAACCCCUGCCUGACUGCAAGAAGCGCUCUUCCAAGCCCAGGAAGGGGAGGUUGUAG